AUCCGCAAGAAAAGGAUGCGGCAAAACUUUUGCAAGGCACGGAAAGUUAUGGAGAAGCUUGAGCACAUGGCAAGAGAUGAAGGCGGACUAGAGGGACAGGAGAAAGUCACUGUAGAGAAUUACCAAAAUUGUUUUGACACAGCAUACAAAAAGCUUAUAGAAAAAAUUUAUGGGGAUGAUUCAUGGAAGAAGGAAAACGAGAAGAAGAAGUAUGAAAGCUUGUCGUACAUUACAGUUUACAAGUAUAUACGGCGGCCACCUGCAGAGGCAAACGACAUUGACAGCAGGUGAGAUGAAUGAGAUAAAUGUUAUACUGGUCAAACUGAUGAAAUGCUCAUGAUCAGUGAUCGUAUCCACGAUGAACGAAGUGGAGAAGCUUUGCGAAGGACACAUGAGGAAAGAAUGAAUGAAGAACAGGUGAACCCACUGGAAGGGGUCAUCGCAACUUCGAAUGCUUCGCAAUCAAGUACGUUAGCCUAGAAACGCCUAGUAACAUCAUUACAACUGGACAUGAAAAUGUGCAUCAAGAAGCAACAUUUAAUGUAAGAUCAUUUAUGCCUGAAACAGAAUAUAACUGACUCAAUCGACGAAAUAUUCUUUUGGGAAGAACAGCAGAGCUUUGACCCAGGACAACUACAGGGAAGAGUUCUUACCUGCCAGUGUGCGAGUAGCAAAUUCAGGCUUCCGUGAAUGCUAAAGCUUCCACUAAAGCUUCCGUGAAUGCUUUGUACUUGGCACUUCGAUGUUUCUACUCGAUCUCUUUGUUGGAACUGCUUCGCUGGGUAGAUGAAAGAUACAGGCUACUCUCUGACUCAAGGGAUGCUUGUCUCCUGGCAAAGGACUUAGCCAUUUUCCACGAAGCUGUUGUUUUAAAAUAGUUUUAGCUUGAAGGAUUGGUACACAUUUGUACCAGAAUAUUGAGUGAAGA